CAAACCGAGAGCGUGGGCCUCGCCACAGCCGACGAGACGAAAACGCAACCAUGCUUGUUUGUUAGCGCUUUUUGCGAAGGACGCGGAAGGAAGCCUAGAGUGUCAGCCGGCUUCCUGCGGAAGUUCGCUGUGGGGACUUGUUAGAAUGGCCUAGGAGGGGCGUGUGGCGUUCACCAGGGGCCCCUGACUACGGAACCGUCUUCACACCCACCCCUCCCCCCAUCUCUUGACUUCACUUACCAGCCUUACAGAGGCUACUUUAAGAAAAAUGGCUUUGUCAGCCCAACAGAUACCCAGAUGGUUCAAUUCAGUUAAAUUGAGUAGCUUCAUUAUAGCUACACAACUUCGAAAACAUUUCCCGAGACCAGGAAAAACACUGUUGCAUGGCUUUUCUGCUCAGCCACAGAUGUCUUCUGACAAUUACUUUCUCCAGUGGGGAUUCAAGACAUACAGGACUUCCUCCUUAUGGAAUAGUUCCCAGUCUACCAACUCAAGUAGGCAAGAGAUUGGUUCUGCCCAAGGUACUCUGCUUCCUUCCAUGAAUGAACAGACACAGAAGACAGAAAACAUACCCAGUUUUGAUUCUGAGCUGUCUCUAGAAGCGCUGGACGACCUGCCUCCAGUGUCUCCGUUGCAGCCGGUUUCUGAGGAGGAGGCCAUUCAGAUUAUUGCAGACCCGGCACUGCCCCCAGACACGUACACGCUCCGAGACUACGUGGAUCAUUCCGAGACUCUGCAGAAAUUAGUGCUGCUAGGAGUGGAUCUCUCAAAGAUAGAAAAACAUCCUGAUGCAGCCAACCUCCUACUGAGACUGGAUUUUGAAAAAGACAUUAAGCAAAUACUUAUGUUUCUUAAGGAUUUGGGUAUUGAGGAUAACCAGCUGGGAACAUACCUGACUAAAAACUAUGCUAUUUUCUCUGAAGACCUUGAAAAUCUCAAGACCAGAGUGGCUUAUCUGCAGUCAAAAAAUUUCAGUAAGGCACAUAUCGCACAGAUGGUCAGAAAUGCGCCAUUUUUGCUGAGUUUUUCAGUGGAGAGAUUGGAUAACAGAUUGGGAUUUUUUCAGAAAGAACUUGAACUUAGCGUGAAGAAGACUAGAGACCUGGUAGUUCGUCUCCCAAGGCUACUAACUGGAAGUCUGGAGCCUGUGAAAGAAAACAUGAAGGUUUAUCGUCUUGAACUAGGUUUUAAACGUAAUGAAAUCCAACAUAUGAUCACCAAAGUCCCAAAGAUGUUGACUGCAAAUAAAAGGAAACUGACCGAGACUUUUGACUAUGUGCACAAUGUGAUGAGCAUUCCCCACCACCUCAUUGUCCGCUUCCCACAGGUAUUUAAUACAAGGUUGUUUAAAGUCAAAGAAAGGCAUUUGUUCCUUACCUAUUUAGGAAGAGCACAAUAUGAUCCAGUAAAACCUAACUACAUCUCUUUGGACAAGUUAGUGUCUGUACCUGAUGAGAUAUUUUGUGAAGAGAUUGCCAAAGCCUCAGUACAAGACUUUGAAAAAUUCUUAAAAACUCUUUAGUUUUUGAUGAUGUAAAGCAUAAUAAUGUAAAAUGAAUGUAUAUAUGAAUGAAUGAUACAUAUUUUUAAAUAAAUGCCUCAGGCCUCCACUGA